CUUUACUUGAUAUGGUUUAGUUCGAAACAGUUCGUCUCGUAAGGUAGACGCGGACGAGAGGUGUGCGCAUAGGUUGUGAACUUACGCUACGCAAAGAUAACAACGGAGCUGAAGAUCGUGUUUGAACACGUUUCACGCGGCGGCGAGCAAUUGUUUCGUUUUUCGGAAUCUGUGAAUCGCCGGUUCUUGUUUUCGUUUUUUGGGCAUUUGUGCGUGGUGUUGUUCAUUGAUUGGAUUGUGUCCUGAAGUUGUCGGAUGUCGUAAGGCCGUAAGUGCCAAGUGAUUUUCUGUGUUUGUUUUUGUGUUGGAGGAAUCGGAACGGACUGUAAACAGCUUCCGAGAUGUAAACUGAUCGGUAGUUUAUCACAGAUCGCGAUCGAUCGAUACGGGAGAACCACUCGAAGGUGGUUGUGCAAUUGCACGAAACGCUAUUUGGAGGUCAGACAGUUAUUAAUUGGAGCUUUGAAGCGCCAUUGUGAUCACGAAACGAGGAGAUAAAUAGAUAAAUCUCUACCGGACAUUUGAGAGGAGAACGAGUGAAAAAAUUGACUCAUCGUAGACCUCGCGAGGAAGACAAAAUGUAUCAUUUAUUAAGGUUUACUUAAUUUAUGUAUUAGGAAAACCGAUUGUUUGAGUCAGUCGUAAAUAUCUCUCCGGAGCACUGUGAGAAAAAUUGUGUUGUUCGGCUCACAGUCGGUUCCAUUGGAAGAAGCUAAUGGAAAACAUUAAUUUCUAAGCUCGAAAAAAAAGCAACGGUGAAAAGAGUUGGUGAAGUGAAUGCCGCGCUGUUGAAAUAGUGAAACAGUCAUAAAAACCUCGAAAAUCGAAACAAAAGCUCCGGUAACGAGCAAUCUCGCAGCCGUUCAUCGGAAUAAACAGAUAGAAGAGUAACAUCAUCAUUAUCAUCAUCAUCAUCAUCAUCACCACUACGAUGGCUUCCCUCCGUGGGACCCUAAGAUGGGCUAUGGUAUCACCUGUGCCGCUGCCCAUACUGACACUGCUGCUGAUAGUAAUCAAACAAACCGCUGCAUGCUACUUCCCGAUCGAGUACCAAGGCGAGUACAUCACCCAGAACACGGUAACCGACGGAUCGGUGCGAUACAGUCGGAUCAAUAUCACCGAGAACGCGAUUCCCAUCUGGGGGAUGUGUCACCGGAGAAACGACAGUAACGUUGUCCUGCUGACGGGGACCGAGGAGGCAUCCUGCUUCCGGUGCUUCCAUCUCAAGCUGGUGUCCAAGAAUGUGCUCCGAGUGCUAACUACAGACAGUGACUACAUUUCCAAGUGUCACACCAACGAGGAGAAAGCUCUGGCCUCCUGUCUCCAGGAGGAUGCUCUGCAGGACGAGGAGAAAAAUACCGAAAUCAUUCUCUACAAAAUCCGCGAGUGGAACGGUGACGAGGUUCGCCAGGAGUACUGCCCGAUCCACGGUCGCUAUAAGCUUACCUACAACAUCGACAAUGGCACCGAGAACCAGGUGGAAUGUGAGUCCCAGGAGUCCGAGGUGGACAACUGCCCGUCGGGUUCGGCAAUCAAUUUACGCUUCCGCAACUGUGCCUUCCGUGACCAGGAGGUUACCCUGGAGUGUCUCGGCCAUUGGCGGGGCUUGCGCAAUCAAAACUUCAUCGCGCUGGUCAACGCAAACAACGACGGUCGGUUCGGACCGAAGUAUCGCUGCGCGACCUGGGUGGAGAACCCGAAGAGUGGUGAAAUCGAGAUCUCCUUCAGCAAAGAUUCGACCUGUCGGGCAAUCAACAAGUACCAUCGGAGUCCCAGUACGUACGGGAAUAACAUCAACAACGAUUACCACAGCGAGGUGAUCCGGAUGAAACCGAUUCCACAAAAUUUUGGCAACAUCAACCAGUUUUGCAGCUUCCCGAACUGGAUGAUCGGCAAGUGGGAACACGUGAUCGUCAGUCAGAAUCAGCUAAUCUAUAAAGAUCACACCUCGUUCAAAACGUACACGAUGAAGUGCGUGAAGAACCACACCAGUCACGACUCGGACAAGUUCAUCGUACACAGCCAAACGCAAUGUGGCGAGGAAAAGUACCAGUGCCUCAAGAUAGAGCGACGUGACGAAAACGUGUUCGAGUUUCAAAUCAGCGCCCGGUCGGAACCCAACUUCACCAGUACGAUCUGCAACGAGUUCUACUUCAACGACGACCGGUGGCUAACGCAAGGUCGGCUGGACAGCAACAGCAUCGUAUCGCCCUGCCCAAUCGUGGGUGAGUUCUCCGGCGUCAUCCCGGACGACGAAGGGCUCUGCGCGAAGCUGUCGUCGGAGUGCGGCUCGCCGGAUAUUAUGUACUAUCAGAUCUCAGCUUGCGGAGUCGUCGAUGAGGUGUAUGAAGAACGGGAAUAUCGCUGUUUGGGCCAGUGGACGCAUCGGAACAUUGUGUACACGUAUACCCAGCGUCGGGACGUCGGCACCUACGAGUGCUUCGUAGGCACGAUGCUUUCCGACAAGCAAAUCUUCAUCAAAGAAGCUGGCGAACACUGCCAGCGGGACGUCAAUCCCCAUCGCUUCGGCAUGGAGCUGAACAAGGUAGCGCACUGCAGUGCUCCGGAACCAUUCAAACCAUCCAGUCGACCCAUACACAAGUACUCCCAAAUUCCGACGAUACGGUCGUCUACCCUGAACUACAACAACAACAACAACAACUAUUACAACAGUAAUAGCAACAAUAACAACAACAAUAACUACUACUACAACAACCAACAUAGUUCCUCGCCGUCCGGGGUGGCCAACUCGACACCGUCGCCAGUGGUCACCACCGGACGAAGUAACACACAGUACACGGUCUCCAAUCAACAGCCGAAACAGUCGCAUCCCACGGCGAGACCAAGCGUGCCCGGGAGCUCAGGAGCCACCAGCACGCGAACUGUACAGUCCUCCUAUUUAUUAUUGUUAGUAACGUUUAUCUGUGUUAUACUAGGUCAUAAUAAAUUUAGCUGUUAAAUAUUUUUUUAUUUAAAA